UCGCGACCAGAAUGUGUGGUAGAUAUUCACUCAUCAUGUUGUUUGCCUUGGCACUGGUCAUUUCCAUUGGGUGCACCAAUGGACACUACCCAAGGCAAGACCACCAUUACUCAAACGGAGCUUUAGUUGGCAAAGGGAAAAAUGGCAACCAGUGUUCGCUCUACAGGGCUAGCCGGUCCAGCAAAUACUACCUUAAGAAGGUAGCCAGCAGGACAGAAUGCUGCGACGCCUGCGAUAAAAUCCACUGCCGCCUGUUUUUCCAAUACGACGAUUUGUGUUUCCUCAAGGUAUAUGGCAGGCUCAAAUCUUCUCCGGAUCUCACAAUAAAGGACUGCCCGAAUUGUCGAGUCUACUACAAAAGCAGAGGCCAUCGCAGAUUCCACCGCAAGAGUAACUCGCGAUCGGGAGGCACCAGCACCAGCAGGAGUAAAUACCGUAAACGUAGAUAUCGACAGAAGAAAACUUCUCGCAGCAGCAAAAGCCACAGUGGCAGCAGCCGACCCAGAGGGAAAUCACGAUACCCAAAGAAUGGCAUUAGCCACACCAGCGCAAGUAACUAUGACAACAGUGGAAGCAAGCGUGGGAAUGGUGGGAGUAUCUAUGGCAACAGUGGCAGUAACCACGACAACAGCGGAGGCAGCGGGAGUAGCUAUGACAACACUAACAGCAAAAGCGAUUCUGAAAAGAAGAAGAAAGGCAGGAGCCGUGUUGGUAGCGACGGUACGACCAGCGCUAAUUCCGAGUACGGGAGAAAAGGCAACUAUGGUCCAAACUAUGGCGAUAGAAAGAAGUAUGAUAGGAAGGGACCUGACUAUACACAUUAUGGAACACUACCAAUGGGCUAAGGCUGCUGCUUGACCGACAUGAUCAUGUUUAGAAACAAUGAUAUUUAGAUUGACAGUAACUUUUUUCUGUGUUUUCACCUAUUGAAAGGUCAAGUUCUCUCUCGCUGUCCGUUGCAUAGAAACACUCAAAUAUGGGGAACAGCCUCAUAUGUUACACUAGUUCACGUGUAUUGUUUAAAAUGCAAAAUAAUUUAUCACCACAAUUCAAUCUGGCUGAAGGAUUCACACUCAUGAUCAAUACCUCUGAUUUCGUCAAUCAAAAUGUGUCGGAGGGAAUCAUUUGGGAAACGGCAGUGAAUUGUCAAGUCGCUCCAAAACUUAUCAAAAGUCCUUAUGGCAAUUGGCAUACUCAGUUACAGCCAACGCAUGCUUGUUGAUUCGCAAAGUAUACGAUAGAGUGAGGAAGCGUUGAUGAUAUUCUAACGAUAGCAACGCUUGCCUUCUUGAAUCUGACAACCCCUGCAUCGUAUUGAGCUAAUGGUUACCACGUUCGACUGUGCGUUGCUAUGUUCAACAUGGUGGCCAAUACGUACACUUCCUCACACUAUCUUGGUCACCCUUCAUUUGCGUUCUGCAGUCAAACUUUAGGUUUAAUCUUUAGUCAAGUUAAUCUGGUCUCGCAAACGAUAAUAAAUAUCAGUCUAUAAUGUGGUCA